CAUUCUUCUCGUGCCAUAUUUCUCUCGAUAUAUAUCUUCUUCUAAGAAUGAGAAAGAAGAAGAAGAAAAAGAAAUAGUGAUAGCAUAAUGGAUUCUUCUACAGAGCACGAUUUCUUAGGAGCGGAAAUUAAUGGAGGCCGGCCAAAGAAACCCAUCAUGGAGAGGAAGAAGUCCUUCAGAGAGAUAUCGAGGAUGAGUCCGGAAAUCAUAAGAAGUGUGAUGGCAACGACCUCUUCCUCCUCCCCAACAACAAGGAAGCCCGCACCACCUUUGCCACUUCUCACCUCCUCAUCAAGUCUUAAUUGUAGAUCAAAGAAUGAUAAUAUUUGGGGUCCAGUGGCUCCCUUCACCAUAUUCUACAAUGGCUCUGUCUUAGCGUUCAAUCUUCCACAUGACAAGGCAGAAACCCUUCUGAAGCUGGUGGAGGGAGAGGAGAUUGCAGGUCUGGUUGAUGAAAGAAAUAAUUAGUUAGGGUGGUAAAUGUGAUGUUUAAAUUUAUUUGAUAAGAUAAUCGAAUUUGAAAUAAAUUAAGUUGUCGAAAUGAUUGUUUAAGUUUUGUUUAGUUACUUUUUUUUGAGUUUGAGUUUGAUUCAUUCAUAUGUUACUGAACUUUUCAUUCAAGCUUGUUUGAUUAUAUGUAA